CAAGCCCAUCACGCCGUGUCCACACGCCACCGCGAGUGACAGACCGAUCAUGUGAAGAGCGAAGCACUGCACGCGAUGCAGUCCCGAAUUUUCAAUGGCUUGCAACAGCAUCAGUAGCGAUGUGCAUGCCGUCCUAGUAGACCAGCGAGCCAGGAUGGAAGCACUACCGACGCGUCCAGAACUUGGACUUCCACCGACUCGAAGAGCUCCCGGUUGUCCCCUGCUGCGCGUUGACACAGACUCGUCGACGACGUUUCUGCAGCGUCUGUACAACAUGCUUGAGCAUUGUCCCGCCCACAUCGCGUCCUGGUCCACAGCAGGCUCGUCGUUUACGAUCUAUGAUCCCCGUGCAUUGGAAACGAACAUGCUGCCACAGUUCCUUCACAUCACGAAAACAGCGCGGUUUGUACGGCAGCUCGCGUUGUAUCAAUUCAAAAGGACUCGUUUCGUCGACUCGAAUGGAAAAGUCAGCGUGCGCUAUCACCACAGCCACUUCGUUCGCGACGACCCCACCAUUCCCGCUACGACCAAACACCCUCGUCGCCGGUCAUGGCGACCUAAAACAAACGACUCCACACGACGAAAACAACUCAAAGCAACACUGUCCGAGCUCGUGGCAAGCGUUCGAGUACUUCAGGCAGAGAUCGCCGCAACCAAGGCGGCACUCCUUGUGGAGCAUGCUGCCUUGGACCAAAUCAAGACGAAAUGUAAUACUGUCCCUUGAAGUUCAAGGUGGGCUAGUCGACUUGUCGCGGGUGGCGCUUGUGAGUAUGGAUACCUUGCGGGACAAUUCUCUCCGCAACAGCAUCAUAUUCAUCGAAUGGACAGAGCUAGCUAUGGCGAUUACACGAUCGUUCGCACGGCCACAUCCCUUUGCCACACUCAGUGAACAACCG